CUGAAACCUGCGGAACCCUGGCAUGUCUACUGCGCAUGAGGUAGGGCGCACGGUGCCAACUUUCAGUAUCCCAGUUGUUUUCCAGACACCCUAGUGAUCGUACACGCUGAAAAAUACACCCUGUGUUUUGUUGUGUCGUGAUAAAUGGUUUAAGGUGUUGCAGUAUGCGAGUUCUAUGGCUGUGUUUGGCGACCGUGUGCAUGGUUGUGUGCACGGCGGAGCGCGGCGGAUCGUUGCGUGGGGCACUUGAAGCGUUGCAGCGACGACAACGUGGGCGCGUGCAUGUACCCGUUGAAUCGUCAGAUUAUGAAGCUUUUUACGACUUCGUGCCGCCGCAAGCUUAUCCUGAGCCUGAUUAUUCAGUAGAUCCUGAAAAUGCUGAAGAUGAAACAUCUCCAAAGUAUAUUGUCAGGUUGCUAGAAAAUGAAAGGCCAUCUGAAGCUUAUGAGUACAAAAUAAUCAAGAAAAAAUCUGCAUUUAGUAGACCGAAUUCUAAUACACGGCAACCAUCUCCUUUCCGCGAACGAAGUCAACAUUCAGACAACGAUAGACUUCGAGACUUGUUUAUGGAUAGAGAUGAAGAUGUAGAUGAAAAUAGUCACAUUCUGGAAAACGAAGGAGACAACGACAUUGAAUAUGCAGUUCUUUUGGAUCAGCUCUGGUCUAAAUACAAGAAUAACCAAGGGCGUUCUAAGAAUGAAGACAAUGCAGAAGGCGUAGUAAAAUUAUAUAAAGAUAAAAUUAUCAAAAAACGAUUUCCUAAUAAUUGGGGUCCCGUAGCUUUUAAAAGAAAACGAAGUCCAGAAUCCAAUAUGGAUCGAUCCGUAUUAACCGAGAGCGAAUAUAUUAAGAACAAUGGAGAUAUUGUUCCUCGUAAUUCUAACUAUAAUUCAUAUGAAGUUUCUGAUAAUGAUGAUGAUAAUGAUAAAGACGACAUGCGAGAAGAAUAUGCUAUUGCCUUUCAACCCCUUAACGAUGAUAGUCUCUCUGAUUUAGCAGACGAAGAUCAGUAUGCAUAUGAAACGAUUGAAAAGCGAUUUCCUGUAACUAAAAGGAGCAGUGAACCGUAUAAUUUCAAUAGUCAAAAGAAAAGAUUUGCUCCUGACCAGAAUAAACGCGAUACUAAGACAUUCAGAAAUAGUGCCGGAACAGAUCCAAAAAUAAUCAGAGACUUGUCAAAAAUAUUUGGGAAUGCAGAAAAUGAAUUUAUUAAAUCUCCCGUUAAGCGUAACACUGAUCAUGUUGAAAAAUUGCAUGAUAGUAAGCCACCGACGUUGGUUUUACCUCAUAAUCACACCGAGCAUGACCAAAAUUUGACAAUGUACGAAGAUAAUAAUCACGAAGAAAGUGAGCACAAAAUUCAUCCCCCAGGAGUAUUCGGUAAAGAAGAACACUAUCAUAACACCCAUGAAUCAGAACAUACUCAUGAUAAAGAUCACAAACAUAAUCAUGACAAAGAUCAACACGAGAAUGAUAAUAAUCAGGAAACUGAAAAACCAAUUAAAAUCAAGAAGAAGUCUAUCGAUUGGUCAGAUUAUUUCGGCAUUGACAAACGGCUUAAAAAAUCAGUUUCCUUUGUAAAUAAUCUAAACGAGGAUCGACUCAAAAAACAAUACUUUGACACAUUUAAUAAGGAGGUGAUAUACCCCUUAAAUUCCUUUAGAAAAAAUAAUUAUGCAAAACGCAAUUACGUUCAACCGAAUGAGGAAACAAAUAUUCGAAUGAAUAACGAUCAUUCACUUGCUAAAGACGAAAAAAGAAACUCUGGAACCGACAAUGAAUCGAAAUUGGAUAAUAUCGAUAAGAAGUUGAAAAAUAUGGAAGGAAUAAUAGUGGAUGAAGCAUUACAUUAUUCAAAUAUUGGUGAAGAGCUAGACUCUAAAGAAGAACAAGAAAUGAAAGAAAAAUUGCUGUCUCGUUUGGCUGCAGCUUAUAGUUUGGAAAAAAUGCGCAAAGCGCUAAAAGAAUUCAAGCAAAGUUUGCAAAUGCAAAAAGCGUCUUCAGUUGUUCGUUCCUCUUCUGAUCACACUAGUGAUAAAUAUAAAAGAGUUGUUAUAAAAAAGGAAAAGGUACUCAUGCCGAAUGACAUUCCGAUUGCAUCUGAAAAAAAUGAUGAUUUUGAAGAUGAACAAGGAGCUGGUCAUUAUUUAAAUGGUAAAAUGGAGGAACAGCUCUCUGAAGGAUAUAUGGGUGGAAGUGGAAGCCAUCAUACUCCUGUAAUGUCGACAGUUAGCUCUAUGGGUGCUUGCCCAGUUUUAGCAAAGAUUGUACAAAGAUGCCGUGGUGUCGACUUAUUAGCUGGAGAUCGUGGUCAGCUGUUUCUUCCUUUGUGUAGCUUACACCAGAUUUGUUACCUUUGUGGUGAGGCUCCUCCAACAACAUGUGACUUAGUAUUUCUGUCCGAAGCAGACUCCUCCUGUGAAGGUGAUAUGAGUUGUCAGCGAGCUGCGCGUUCGGCUCUUAUGGCUUUAAGAGAAUUGCAUGAAAAUUUAGUCGAUGAGUUAGAUGGUGAAUGCGAAGCAAGCCCUUGCCUUCCUGCCACUUUGAAACUAAAUCUAGGUUGGCAGAGAACAGUGGUUAGAUCUCCUGUCAUGGCGAAUAAUAGUGGAAGUGCAAGAGGUAUGGAUAAUCCAGCAGCUACUGAAGACGAUGGAUCCACAUUGAGACCCGAUCUGGUGAUAAGCGUCCAACCCCAAGUGCAAGAGAGUAAUCGAGCUGAACUCCCAGUAUCAACGACAGAUUGGCAAUCGAACAGUCGAGGGCAGUUCAUACCAUUACACGGCUUAGAUUUUCUCAUCGGUGCUUCCAGCCUGCACAUACAACAAACUGUAGAACUUGAUGACUUAACAUCGGGAAUAAAUUCAGAAAACAGAUACAUAGUAAAGGUACCUCACGGCGAAUCGUUAUACAUCGCUAGCGAAGUAUCUUCGAAAACACAAAGAAGUCUAUGUGGCAUGGGACGAGCCUUUGUGAUGCACUUGCACGACAGCACGAGGCAGGAGGCGUUGGUGCUGCAAAGGCGACUCGCAGCAGCGUCUUGCUUGUUCCCUUGUAGGUUGCAGGAGAUGAGAGUAGUAACACCUCCAGGAGACUAUAUUGGUCGAAUACAACAACAGUGGACGUGGAUGGUACCGUUCUUUCUUGUAAGAGAUGCGGCGGAUGACGUCCUCUAUGUUGUAGAAGGCCCGGCAGUUUUAAAAAAAAGUGCUCUUCAGCUUUCUAAAUUUAAGAUAUUGAGUGGGGAUUCCUUACGUGAAGUUGGAACAAUAUCCCACGGUUGGGACCGAGAGCUCGUUACUUUUACAACAAACAUUAUCUAUCCUACUGAUACAGCACAGCCAAAACAUAAAGCUCUUCUAUUGGCCGCGGCAUUUUUGCUUGAAUACACAUACUUCGAACGUGCAAAGAAAAGUUGUUGGCGAUGUAAUUGUUGUUAAUUUAAUUAAACAUUAAGUGUAUAGAAAUUAAAAUUUAUAAUUUAUUUAAUUGAGAGCGCCUGAAAGUUUCUAA